AUUCCCGUGGCCGAAAUGUCAACGUGUCAGCUGUUAAAUAUUUGUCAUUGAAUUUGUACGGAAUUCGAUAUUUUGUAUCAACGUAAAAGUUUUAUAUAUUGAAUUAAAAAUGUCUUCUUUAGAAGAAUUGCAGAAGAAAGUGUCUGAAUUGGAAGCUAAACUCGCAGCAGUGAAGGGAAAUGUUGGAGCAGUCCGACAAAAAAUCGAAGUUAUGUCUUCUGAAGUAGUAGAUUCCAAUCCCUACAGCCGACUCAUGGCUUUAAAGCGUAUGGGUAUAGUGAACAACUAUGAGAAGAUCCGUGAGAUGUCAGUAGCUGUAGUCGGUGUGGGUGGAGUCGGCAGUGUCACUGCGGAGAUGUUGACAAGAUGUGGUAUCGGAAAGUUAAUCCUCUUCGAUUAUGACAAAGUGGAGUUGGCCAACAUGAACCGUCUGUUCUUCCAACCACAUCAGGCCGGCCUGAGUAAGGUUGAUGCAGCGUCAGCCACAUUAAGAGCCAUCAACCCAGAUGUCACCAUUGAUGCAUACAACUACAAUAUCACUACGGUCGACAAUUUCCAAAAUUUCUGUGAUACUAUUAGAACAGGCAGCUUAACCGACGGCCCUGUAGACCUGGUGCUGAGCUGUGUCGAUAAUUUCGAGGCUCGCAUGGCCAUCAACAUGGCCUGCAAUGAACUCAAUCAGAAGUGGUUUGAGUCUGGUGUUAGUGAGAAUGCUGUGUCUGGACAUAUACAGUUCAUCAUACCGGGGGAGACUGCUUGCUUUGCAUGCGCGCCGCCGCUGGUGGUGGCGUCUAAUAUCGACGAGAAGACCUUGAAGCGUGAUGGAGUGUGCGCCGCCUCGCUCCCCACCACUAUGGGUAUCGUGGCCGGAUUCCUCGUUCAGAACACGUUGAAGUAUCUGCUGAGUUUCGGUAACGUGUCCCACUAUUUGGGGUACAGCGCUAUGACUGACUACUUUCCUCGGAUGAGUUUGAAGCCGAACCCUCAGUGUGACGACUCGUUCUGCCGCCAGCGUCAGUCGGAAUACUCGUCGAGGCCCGCGGUGGAGCUCGCCACCGAGGUCACGGAAGACCCAGCGCCCUUACACGAAGACAACGAGUGGGGUAUCAGUCUGGUGGAUGAGAACUCUCCUGAAGAAGAGUCCGUGGGAUUGAAGCUCGUGGAAGGGGUUCAGGUGGCGUACGCGAUGGCGGGAGACAGUAGUACACCGGAGACCAGCUCGGCGGUGGCGGCCGAGGAGGACCUGGAGGAGCUGAUGAGGAAGAUGAAGAAUAUGUAGAGAAGAAAGAUACAGAGGUUAAGAGAAAGGAAGAGAUAUCAGAGAUUAGGAACAAGGAGCAAUGGAAGUUCACAGUCAGCGGCUGAGUGUUAUAUUAUUUGUUAGGGACAUAUCCGUCACGCUGUGAUACACAUCUUUGGUUGUUUUAAUUUUAUUAUUACAUUCGUAUUGAAUCUUAAAAUUAUUAUAUAUUGUUUGUUAAGGCUCAGCCGUGCUUAGUAACCCAGGGCUGAGCUCAUAUAAGCUAUGUUAGCUGAAGCUUUGUUAUAACACCUACAGUAAAGUGUUGUGUAUGUAUAUGGAGAUGUUAUUUAAAGCCAUAUUUAUAAAAAGUUGUUAAUAUAUUUUUUAUUAAGUGUAUGAAGGCCGUGUGUGUCUGUCUGUGUCGCCACCGUACAUUCCAAACAAGGCCAACAACAUUAGUGUGUAAGUUUCAUUAUAUUCUGACAUGUUUCUACUACCCGCGGUGUGUCGGAGCUGGUCGCGUGUUGUCAUUAAAUGUCAUCCGCUUGUA